AUGGUGUUUGUAUCUGAAUGUGGAUGUGUUGGCGACGUCAUUAUCUGUAGCUAUCAGCAGACUGUAUCAGACAUUGCACAACAAACGAGUAUUCGGUGGAGGAAUGAAGCGAUCGCGGAUGGUAACGGCGAACAACAGGAUAUCAGUCCGAACUCUUUUUACAGAUCCAAAAAAAACAAGAUUCACGCGCGCAAGCCUCCUCGCCUCCGCCAGCGUCGACGUCUCUUCAGCCCUCCCCACGCCAAGCCCACCGGGCCCGCUUAUUUAAAAGUCACUGCCCCGCUGAAUCUUCAUCAAGUCAUCCAGAUUCCCCUUCAAGGAAACGACACUUCUGUCGCUUACAAAACUCCUCUUCUUCUUUUGUUACCGUACUUGGGGUGCCUUCUGAUGGUAUGAGGAAGCUCAAUUGGCUUAGUACUCUGUAUUUUGUAGUACUAUUUCACUGAGUUGUUUUGUAAUCAUUUUUACCGUAAUACUUGAAUACAUUGUUACCGUUAUACUUGAAUAUGUCAGCCUUUUAUCGCUGACUUACUCUUUCUGUUGCAGAUGCGCGUAGUGCUAUCACUCUUACUGGUAUUGCCUACCCAGGCCUUCCUGUUCCCAAGUGCUGGAGGCGGCGGCGGUUGCUGGUAAGUCAACUUACUAUACUUUUAUUGUUUUACAGUACUUUUAAGAAUUCUUUUGUAGUUUUUGUAAAUUUUAAAAGUAGCCUACAAUCUUCAUUAUAUCUAAAACAUAUUUUGUACUAAAAUAUAUUAAAAACUUGUGCGUUUAACUUGAUAAUCGGUUUUAGCCCACCCCCACCACCACCAUGUUGUGCACCACCCCCAUCUCCAUGCGGAGGAGGAUGUGGUGGCGCUCCAGCUCUACCACCACCACCCCCACCACUACCACCCCCACCACCACCAAGUAAGUGACGUGCUUGAUAGGAUCACAAUCAUUAAAGGCUUAGCUACAUAGUUAUGACAUUUAUAAUAUUCCAAAGGGUAUGACACACACUUACUGUAUUGUUUCAGGCUGUGGAGGAGGAUGUGGCCCACCAGUGCCUAGCUGUGGAGGCGGAUGCGGAGGAGGCGGCGGCGGCGGUAAGUAUAAUACUAACAGCUAACAGUAGGCUAGCUAAUGUCACUAGCCUAAGAACAAAGCGUUGAGUAUACCAUGAAUAACAUAGACAGCAAAACUAGAACGCUAAUCCCAAAACUAACUGAACAAAGACCAGACUAACUUUUGGACUAAACUUUUCGAUUUCUAGGCUGUGGCGGAGGAUGCGGCGGAGGUGACGGUGGUGAGUACUAAACUCAUUAACCCAAAACUGAGCAUAGUAACUCUUAACAUAGGCAAUAUUACCAUACUAAGCAUUCUCAUUUAAUAUAAUACUGAGCAUAACCAUCCUAAUAUAGGCGAUACUAAACAGUACUAACGUUUCGACCAGUAGUAAUGUCAUUUUAUAGGCUGCGGAGGAGGCUGCGGAGGCGGCGGCGGAGGUGAGUAGUAGACUAACACAAAGUAGUAUAUGUACUAUAUAGUGACCUAAUAUCAAAAUAAUACAGUAGGACUUGAAGCUAACUAGACUAACUUAACUUUCAAAGUUUAAAUUUCAAAAUUCUAGGCUGCGGAGGUGGCUGCGGAGGCGGCGGCGGCGGAGGUGAGUAGACUAACACAUAGUAUUAUACCUUUAGUAUAGUACAAAGUAGUCUGUCUACUGAUUAGUGACUCUAACCUCAAAUAACACAGUAGUACCUAAAGCUAAUAUACUAACUUAACUUUUCAAAUUUAAAUUUGGAAAUUAUAGGCUGCGGAGGAGGCUGCGGAGGCGGCGGCGGCGGAGGUGAGUAGAUUAACAGUAGUAGUAUUGUAUAGUGACUUAACAUCAAAAUAAUACCGUAGUGACUUAGCCUAACUAGACUAACUUAACUUUCAAAGUUUAAAUUUUAAAUUUCUAGGCUGCGGAGGUGGCUGCGGAGGCGGCGGCGGCGGAGGUAAGUAGACUAACACAAGUAAUAUACCUUCAGUAUAGUACAAAGUAGUAUGUCUACUGCAUAGUGACUUAAUACCAAAAUAAUACCGUAGUGACUUAGCCUAACUAGACUAACUUAACAUUACAAAUCUGAAUAUUGAAUUUCUAGGCUGCGGCGGAGGCUGCGGAGGCGGCGGCGGCGGAGGUGAGUACUAAUAUUAAAGCUAAUAGAUACAGUAAAAAAUACUGUAAAAUAACAAAAGCUGAAGUACCUCAUUAGACUAGCUAACUUUCCAUUUUAAAUCUCUUAAUUGUAGGAUGCGGCGGAGGCUGCGGAGGUGGAUCAGGAGGCGGUAAGACCUAAUUAGUACUAAAAAGAAUAGUACAAACCUAAACCGUACUCACACAGAAAACCAUAGUAUAAGACAUAACUAGUACUCACACAUAGCAGCGUAGUAUAAGAGUUAACCAGUACUUACAUAGGCCCUUUAAACGAUAACAAGUACUGUAUUUUUGCAAUUGUAGGCUGCGGAGGCGGCGGCGGAUGCGGCGGUGGAUCCGGAGGUACGUGAACUAACGCACUUCUGAGAGUUAACUAUACUAAGCAUAACAGUAGAUAGUACUAAGCCUAAAAAGUAAUACCUGGUCUAAAGUUUAUUGUUUAGGCUGCGGAGGCGGCGGCGGUGGCUGCGGAGGCGGCGGCGGCGGAGGUGAGUAGUACUAACCAGUACUCAUCAAAACGUACUUACACAGUCGAGUAACUUAAAAAAACUGACCCACUCGGCUGAUAACUUAGCUAAACCACAGUCUGACAGACCCUUAAUGAUCAUGUUUCAGGCUGCGGAGGAGGAUGCGGCGGAGGCGGCGGCGGUGGCGGCGGAUACGCUACCGCUCCAGCUGGCCCAAUCGGAGGAGGAUACGCUCAAGCCGGAGGAGCCGGAGGAGGAUAUGCUACCGGACCAGUCGGAGGAGGUGGCGGCGGCUACGCUACUGGCCCAGCCGGAGGUGCCGGAGGAUACGCUGCUGGACCAAUCGGAGGAGGCGGCGGUGGAUACGCCCAAGCCGGAGGUGCCGGAGGAGGUUACGCUGCGGGACCAGCCGCCGGAGGUUACUCCGCCGGACCAGCUGCUGGAGGAUACUCUGCUGGACCAGCCGCCGGAGGAUACUCAGCUCCAGCUGCUGGAGGAGGUUACUCGUCCGGAGGUGGCGGCGGCGGAUACGCUUCAGGAGGUGGCGGCGGCGGAUACUCUGCCCCAGCUGCUGGAGGUGGCUACUCUUCCGGAGGUGGCGGCGGUGGAUACUCUGCCCCAGCCCAAGGAGGAGGAUACUCUGCCCCAGCCCAAGGAGGAGGAUACUCUGCCCCAGCUGCUCCACCACCACCACCACCACCACCCCCACCACCACCACCACCAGCCCCAGUUCCAGCUCCGGCCCCGGCCCCAGCCCCAGCUCCAGCUCCAGCCCCACAACAAUCCUACAACCAAGGACAAGAUGCUGGUACCUCAUCGGACUACCAAGGUGGAGACAGCGGCUCCGACUACCAAGAUGCCCCAGCUCAAGGAAGCUCAAGCUCCGGAGGCUACAAGGGACGUGCUCGUCGCUACUUCCAGAAGAGAGUCGUGAAGAAGGCCCACUAA